AUGGGGAAUUCAUAUGCAGGGCAGCCGAAGUCUGCUCGCUUCGAAGAGGCCCUCCACAACUCUAUCAAGGCCUCCCUAUGCUCCAGCAGUGGAGACCCACAGCCCGUCUUCACUCAGCUGUACCUGGAGCCUGUCCAUUAUCAUGGCAAUAUGGAGGAUAUAAAGCCCAAGGUGGACCUGUACCUGCCGUGCGGGAAGCCUCCGCGUCAGGAUCAGCUGAACGGCCAGGCCUCUAAUGGUCUGGAGGAGAUGAAGGUGGACGGCAACUCUGACACCAGCAGCCCCCCACCGCCCAACUUACAAGGCCCCUCGCCCAACAGCUGCUGCACCAUGGACGGUACUCUCUUCUCAGGUUUCUGUCAGGCCGGUAGGGACCUCCGUCUGGUCUCCAUGUUGACAGAGCCAAUCCAAGUCCCAGCUGGCUUUGAAUUAGUCGGUGCCAAGUCCCCCAGCAUCCCAGAGCACAUCCUGGUGUGUGCUGUGGAUCGACGCUUUCUGCCUGAUGAGAACGGGAGAAAUGCACUUUUAGGGUUUUCAGGGAACUGUGUUGGCUGUGGAGAGAAGGGGUUCCGGUACUUUACUGAGUUCUCCAACCACAUCAACCUGAAGCUGGCCACGCAGCCCAAGAAGCAGAAGCACUUAAAAUACUACCUGGUGAAGAACUGUCUGGAUGCUCUGUGCAAAGGACCCCUCAUCUGCUGGAAAGACUGUAAGACACGUCAGUUCUCCAUUAGCAGUGCAUCCACCUCCAAACCCAACUCCUCAUCCUCCCUGAGCAUCAAGGAGAAUGGAGGCACCAACAGACACAGCUGUUCCCCCUUCUCCCUGUCAGACUCCCCAUCUACCAGAAUUCCCUCUGCAUCCUCUGUGUUCCUCUCAGCCCAGGACCUGGCCCGAGAGUGCAGCUUCCUCAAGCCUUUGGCCUCUACCCCUGGGACAGAGACUCUACCAAUAGUGCCCACAGUUCUGAUAGUGAACAGUCCGGCUAGCGGACUGGGUGCAGAGGGCCGCCCCCCCUUACUGAGCCUCUCCCAGGUGUCUCUGGGAACCCAAGGACAGGGGUACAGAACCUCGGACCCAGGAGACAGCCCUGUUUCGUCUGCCAUGACCCUUGGCCCGCCCAAGAAGCGCCACCGCGGUUGGCACCCCAACCCCCUGGUCCCAGUCCCCCCUACAGCCGUCCCUGUGCCCACCAUCCAACCAAUCAUCUACUCCCCAGGCUCUGUACUGGCUAUGCCUACUCCUCAGCCGCCUGUAGCAGGGGUCCUUCAGCCCAAACCUGUCACUGCCGGAGAGACUGUCAUCGUCCCCAACAACCUGCUCAACACCUCAGGAGUCCGUCCCGUCAUCCUCAUCGGGCAUGGUACGUUACCAUACUUCUACGGGAACGUGGGGGACAUUGUGGUGAGCCCCCUGCUAGUGAGCUGCUAUAAAGGCAACCAGCUGACUGAGAAGACCCUGUCCAGUCUUGGACUGAACAGUAGCCAACUGCUCAGUGUGGAAACCAUAAUACUUCUCACCCUGCAGUACCUUGCAAGGCUAGGUUCGGAGCAGAUCCCUCUGAGGGAGUUGUUUGAGCAGAUUGUGCUGAAGGCCAUGUUGAUUUGUCCUGGAGGUCUCUCCAUCUCCCCGGCCCAGCUGCCCUGGCUAGCCCGCCUGGGGGCCAGCGUCUCUGGGGGCAGGGUUCAGGUCCUAGUCACCCAAAACUCCCUGGGGGAGGGCAUCUCUGAGUCCCUGCGCUCACUCUGCAAUGGGCCGCCUCACCAACAGUGCCUUCCCACCUACGUGGUUAUUGUUUUUGCCUCCAAGAUGAGCGGCAAUGAGUUCUGUGUGCUCGUUCUGGGGAAGUACCAGGCGAGAGCACUAGCUGAGGGAAUGCUCACCACCAAUGAGUUCCUGAAGGAGAUCAGCUACGAGCUCAUAACAGGAAAAGUCAGUGUCCUGGAGUCUAACUUCAAAACCACAUCACUAGGGGACAACCUGGACAAGCAGCUGCUACACAUCCAGCGGCAACGGAAGGGCCAGGUCAUCCAGCCCUUCCAGGGCGAUGUCACCGACCACAUCCCGUCCCAGGAGGCAGCCACCAUGGUACCUCCCUCCGAGUCAGAGCUGCUGAGUGAGUUGUUUCAGAUCCACUCUCCCCAGCUGAGUGAGUUGUUUCAGAUCCACUCUCCCCAGCUGAGUGAGUUGUUUCAGAUCCACUCUCCCCAGCUGAGUGUAGCCAGGAGCCUGCUCUCCCUGGUGUGUUCCAUAGCAAACUCAGGCAGCCAGAGUCUGGACCUGGGCCGCUUCUGCAAGGUGGACUUCCUGGUUCUGGUUCCUCCGUCUCACGUCCUGGUGAACCAGACCGCUCAUCGCAUCCAACAAUCAGGAGUGCUAGUGGACCUGGGUAUAGAGGAUGCUUCCUCAGCUCACCAGAGGUCAGACCAGUAUGUGGUUCGUCUAGAUGGAGACUUCCACGCCAAGAUGGAGGCCUUUAUGCGGAAAGUCAAACAGAAUCCCUACACCCUGUUCGUGCUCAUCCACGACAACUCCCACGUGGACCUGACCAGUGCCCGGUCCGGCUCGGUGUGCCACGGGGAGCUUCAGGGUAUAGCUGACAGGGUGGUAAACUGCCAGGAGGUCCUGGAGGCCUUGAACCUGCUGGUGCUGCAGGUCAGCUGCUUCCCCUUCGCCCUGCAGACAAGACAGUCCCGCAUCAGCGUUCACAACGAGGUGCACUGGCCAGACAACACAGACAGCCUGGGGGAGGUCUCUCCUAAGGAGCUGGUGUACUUUGGCCUGAGGGACCACAGCAGCUCUCUGCGGUGGGGGGUGGCCAGCCCCAUCCUGCGCUGUGAUGACGCCUUCGAGAAGAUGGUCAACAUGCUGCUGGAGAGACAUCCCCACCUACACAGCAUGGUGAUCAGGAGCUACCUGUUGAUCCAGCAGUACACGGAAGCCAUGAUGGCUCUGAUCUCCUCUCCUUCCCUACGGGACAACAUCACCCCUGAGACCCUGGCCAUGGUGGAGGAUCUGAUCAGUGCUCCGGGCCGGGAGGGGACCAGGGGCCGGGGCCACAUGCUGCUGAUCCGGGUGCCCUCUCUGCAGCUAGCCAUGCUGGCCCAGGAGCGCCUGGAGGACGUCAGGGACAAGCUGGGUCUCCAGUUCUGCUUUGCCAUACUGCUGGGGAACCCUGCCGCCGAGCUCAGCCUUCCACGACACUUCGCUAACCGACUCAGGGCCUGGCAGGGAUGUGAAAAUGAGGACUGGAUCCCUCAAACCUAUGAGGAUCUGGAGGGUCUUCCCUGUGUCGUCAUCCUCACUGGAAAAGACCCUCUGGGAGAGACCUUCCCAAGGUCUCUGAAGUACUGUGAUCUGCGUCUGAUCGACUCCAGCUACCUGACACGUACGGCCCUGGAGCAGGAGGUAGGUCUAGGCUGCUCCUAUGUGUCCCUGGGGAUGGUGCAGGAGCCGCGCAAGGCAAUGGCCCACAGGGACCAAGAGACAGACAAAACCAGCGGCCCCCAGGACCCAGACCAAGAGCUUCAUGUGGACCUGGAGAAGUCCCAGAGCAAUGUCAGCACUGCUACUAAAGCCUCCGGCUCUCUGGCAGAGAACGGGGUCAGAUAUUCUGAUGUCCCUGACUCCUCCCAGAAGCCCUCCACCUCCUCCUGCCCCCCCGGAGGCAAGGCAGGCAGCAUCAUGAUGGACUACAGGACAGUUCCGGGCACGGCCUCAUCCUCCCCCUGCUGGGUCAAACAGGAGUGUGACUCCCUGGGUAAUGCCGCCCCCUGCCCCUCCAACACCCCUCCCUCCUGCUCUUCCUCCUCCUCUACCCAAUGCCCCAGCCAGUCCACGGGGUGUGGCGGGGGCAGCAAGUCACCUCUAGUCUCUCCACGGACUGUCAUCCUGUCCCACGCAGCCUACAACCUCCUGACUCCAGAAUCAGGGAGCCAGCUGAGCUCCUUCUCCCUGCUGCCUCACGCUGAUGUGGGCUGGAGCAGCCUGCUGAGGCCCCUCUUCAAACCUAACCUCCAGGGGGCAGAGCAGAGCAUCUUCUACAGACAGUGGACCGUAGCCGGGCAGCACCAUGCCGACCACGAGGCUCCCCCGGUGCCACACCCACGACGCCUGCUGCUCAGUGGACCCCCACAGGUGGGGAAGACCGGUGCCUACCUGCAGUUUCUACGCAUCCUGUUCCGCAUGUUGAUUAGACUGCUGGAAGUAGAUGUGUACGAUGAAGAGGAGCUGGAGGAAACGACCACGGACAUGUCUGAGGCCACACCCCCAGCCAGGACCCAGUGGCCAGACAUCGAGGAGAUCCGCAAACUACCCUUUGACCUCUUCCCCAGAGACCCUAAGUUCAGAAGGGCCAGUUCCGUUUACACUGACAAGAUGCCAAAGGGCUUGAAAGAUCCCAAACUGGAAGGAGAGAGCCAAAUGCCUGUAAAGAGGGAGACUGUGUCGAUUCGGCUGAGUAUGUUCGCGGCCCACAAUGCAUUUCACCAUUGUAAGCAGUGUCACCAUUAUUGUGAAGGAAGCCCUGCCACACAGCUGUCGGAGUGCACCUUCCACGCCUUCACAUUCUGCUCGUCCAUGCUGGGAGAGGAGGUGCAGCUCCACUUCAUCAUCCCCAAGGCCAAGGAGCAGCACUUUGUCUUCAGCCAGCAAGGCAGUCACCUGGAGAGCAUGAGGCUGCCCCUCGUCUCUGCGCAGGACCCCAGUCUGUUGAAGAGCCCCAUCUUCACCCCGACCACGGGGCGUCAGGAGCACGGCCUUUUCAACAUUUUCCAUGCCAUGGAGGGCACCACCCACCUCCACAUCCUGGUGGUCAAGGAAUACGAGAUGCAACACUACAGGAGAAAAUGGCCCAACCACAUCCUGCUGGUGCUGCCAGCCAUGUUGAACAGCGCUGGAGUCGGGGCAGCUCGGUUCAUGAUCAAGGAGCUGUCAUACCACAACCUGGAGCUGGAGAGGAACCGUCUGGGAGAGCAGGGGGUCAAGAGGCAUGACAUCUGGCCCUUCAUAGUCAUGAUGAACGACUCCUGUGUGCUCUGGAACGCACACCAACCCCAGUACAGCAGCAGUGAUAUGGCAGACACAGGGCCCAGUCUGACCAACGUGUCUUUGAAGACGGUGCUGCAACACAUUGAGGCUACUCCUAAGAUCUUUCUGUAUACCAUGUGUGGCACCCGCAAGUGGAGCAGUGCCCUGGCCCGCCGCCUGCCUGCCAUGCCCUUCUCCCGAUGCCACCUCCAUGACUUUGUCAUGCUCAAUGUGGACCUGACACAGAACGUCCAGUACGACCUCAACAGGUACAGCUGUGAGGAGGUGGACUUCAACCUGAGAGCCAACAGCAGUGGUCUGCUGCUCUGUCGUUUCAACCACUUCAGCCUGAUGAAGAAACACAUUCCCUUUGGAGGACACAAGGACUUUCUGGUCAAACCCAAACUCACAGUGAUGGAGAAUCCAGCCCCCAUCAGCCCGUACCAGUAUGUCUGUGCCCCAGACAGUGAUCACACCCUCCUGGCUGCCCCGGCUCAGUUCCUCCUAGAGAAGUUCCUCCAAAGCUGCAGCCACAGACUGUUCCCCAAGGCAGUACAGAACAACAGCAACCCUGUGCUGUCCAUAGACAGUUUCCUCAACAUAGGCCCUGAGGUGUCAGUAUGUUACGUCAGCUCCAGGCCACACUCCUCAAACCUGGACCACCAGGGUCUGGUCUUCAGCGGCCUGCUGCUCUACCUGUGUGACUCCUUCGUUGUCUCUGGCCUCCUCAAGAAGUUUCACUUCCUCAAAGGUGCCACGUUGUGUGUGAUCUGCAGGGAUCGUAACUCUCUGCGUCAGACCAUCAUGCGGCUGGAGUUGGAGGACAAGUGGCAGUUCCGCCUGAGGGAUGAGUUCCAGACGGCCAACUGCAGCGAGGACCGGCCCCUCUACUUUCUCACCGGACGCCAUGUUUAACCCUAAGACUGAUGCCAGACCUGCUCAGCUGCCCUCCUGUUCCAUAGACCCUAACCAGGCAGAAGGAUAACCACCAACCACUGAUCUCAGACCAGUUAACAAUCACAAUUAUUCUUGUCUGUCAGAGGAUACAAUCACUCUUAGAACUGUUCAGUCGACCUCCUGUCACACAGACCCUAAUCAAACAGGAGGAUAGCAUCUGUUCUCAGACCACUUAACAAGCACAACAAUUCUCUGUAUGUCAGGAGAUCAGAGAGAUGUAUUGGGGCACACCCAGGCCCCAAGUGCCCUGUAUGGACACGUGGCCAUCAUUAAUGUGGAUGUAACUUCUCCUAUUCGCUCCUCUCCCACGCUGCACUAUGUUCGGAACAGAAUUGUUUAGCCAGAGACUCUUAACUGAGGGUUGUGUUGGAGUCUGUCCCCGAUCUGAGCCUGGCGAAAGCACACCAUGCGAUUAUCUGAGGACAGCGCCCCACAUACAAAACCAUGAAAAACAUAUUUCAACCAGGCAGGUGCGACACGAAAGUCAGAAAUAGCGAUAUAAUAAAUGCCUUACCUUUGAUGAUCUUCUUCUAUUGGCACUCCAAAAUGUCCCAGUUACAUCACAAAUGGUCCUUUUGUUUGAUAAUGUCCUUCUUUAUAUCCAUAAAAACUCAGUUUAGCUGGCGCGCAUCAGUCAAUAAUCCUCCCAGUUUCCCUCCAUCAAAAUGCAUUCAAAAUGAAUCCCAAACAUUACUAAUAAACUUUUCCAAACAAGUCAAACAAUGUUUAUAAUCAAACCUUAGGUUCCCUAAUACGUAAAUAAACAAUAACGAUUCUCCGUCUUAAAUUGUAUGGUUUUUACCGGAGAAAAAUACCAAAGACCGUGCUCUCAUUCACGUGCUUGGAAACACUACAGCCAACUUCAAUUUCUGGGUCAUUUAAAAAAAAAAAAACAGCCUGAAACUCUUUCUAAAGACUGUUGACAUCUAGUGGAAGCCCUAGGAACUGCAGUCUGGGAGGAUUUCACCUUAUAAUAAAAGUGACAGCCAUUGAAAAGUGGUAGGCUGAAAAAAUAUGUUUUUGGUAUGGUUUGUCCUCUGGGUUUCGCCUGCCAUAUCAGUUCUGUUAUACUCACAGACAUUAUUUUAACAGUUUUAGAAACUUUAGAGUGUUUUCUAUCCAAAUCCAAAUGCAUAUCUUAGCUUCUGGGCCUGAGUAACAGGCAGUUUACUUUGGGCACGCUUUUCAUCCGGAUCCCAAACAAGUUUCAACUCUUUCUUGAACUGCAUUGUUGGUUAAGAAAAUAUUGACUAAAUAAACUAAAGUGAAAAAUUAUAAAAAGUAACACGAACAAUAACAAGGCUAUAUACAGGGGGUACUGGUACUGAGUCAAUGUGCAGGUUAGUCGGGGUAAUUUGUACAUGUAGGUAUGGGUAAAGUGACUAUGCAUAGAUAAUAGACAGUGACGUAGCAGCAAUGAAAAAAACUAA